AUGGCAUCAUCAGGUUCUUCGAAACUCCCUCCUAAUUAUUCUCCUGAUAAAUGUAUAUCAUCUGGUGCCAGUAACAUAUCCCUUGAUGAAAGUGAAGCUUCUAUUCGUAUACAGGAUAGUAAUAUGAAUGGAGAUUCCUAUAUCAAUACACCCUCACCCUCAUCAAGUGCGACAGCAAGCACAACUGAUCGUUCAAUUCAAUAUCAUUCAUCAAGAUUAAAAAAUGCUUUUCGUUUACCAAAACGUCGUUAUCGAUAUGAUAAAUUAUUCCAUCUUACACAUUCUCUUAAUCGACAAUAUGUAAUAGCAAUGACUAAUAUACUUUUUCAAAUGCAAAAAGAAAUAUAUAAAUUAAAAAGACGCACAUAUUAUGUUGAACAUGCACUUGCUAAACAAAAAGCUUCUGGUCAUCCAAUUAUACGUAUACGACGUUUAACAAAAGAUGAAAUUUCAACAAUAUGUGUUAAUAAUAAUGAAAAUCAACAAAAUAUUACGUCGAAAAUGUCCGAAGAACAUGUAAGUAAUGUUGAAUCACAACGAACAAUACUGAAAAAUAUCAAAUCACUAAAUGAAUAUAAACUUGAUACUGAAAGUUCCAUAACAAUAACAAAUAAACUUGAAGAUCAUAAUACAAAAGUUCAUCGACGAAAACAAUUAAAUCCUAAAAAUAAAUAUUGUUCAAGAUGUCAACAUGAAUUUUCACAUCGAUCAGCUUAUUUACGUCAUAUGAGAAAAGUACAUCAAGGAAAAUUUCCAAUUAAAUUGAAUAAUAAUCAUACAUCAGAGCGUGACGUUUGUCAUAUUGAAACAAAUAAUUUAAUCAGUGAUCAAUCAAAUAUUUGUUCAGAAAUAGAUAAUACAAUGGAACAAGAUCCAAUGCAAAUUUUAGUUAAUCAAUGGGAUAUUGGAGAAGGACGAUUACGUCCGAGACCAAAACACAAAAGACGUACUCAUCAUGUUUCUUCUUCAAAUGAAUUAAAUGUUGAUUUAAGCCCAAAAAAGUCCAUGAACAAUGAAAGUAUAUACGAAAUUCAACCAAUAGCUAGUGAAUCAUCUACAAAUACAACAAAUCCACCAUCAGCAAUAACAAUAGCUGAUUUGGAUACUGAUGAAAUGCCAAUACGAUUUCGUAGAGAUGCAAACAAACCAAUUGUUUUUUCUGUAACAUGUCUUGAUCGUUAUCAACAAGAUAUAGUCGAGGAAUUUUCACGAAAAUUUUCAACUCGUGUUACUCAAGCCCAAUCUAUUACUCCUCAAACAACACAUUUAAUAACCAAUGAUGAUAAACGUAUAUUACGUUCACCAUUAUCAAUGAAAUUAAUUGAAGCUAUAGCAAAUCAUUGUUUUUGUGUUUCAUAUCGUUGGUUAAUUGAUUGUAUUAAAUAUGAUAGAAUUGUUGAUGAAACUACAUUUGAAAUUGAAGGUGACGAUACAGAUUAUCAUUCUCAAGGUGGACCAAAACGUUCACGUUCAAUUGAUAAACGUCAUUCACUUUUUGAUAAUAUAUGUUUUAUGAUCAAAUGUACGGAAAAUAACGAAAUUAAAAUGACAAAUGAUCGUUUACAAGAUUUAAUUACAGCAUGUGGUGGACGAAUAAUAACUUGUGUAACACAAAGUUUACUUGAACAAUUCGAAAUUGUUGUUCUCUGUGAUAAAUUAUAUGUAUCAGAACGACGUCAUAAUUAUGAGCAAUGUCGUUCAUUAGGUAUACAUUUUGUUUCAUCCGAUUGGGUUCUUGAAUCUAUACUUGAAUAUCGUCCAAAAUCAUUUGUGUUAUACGAAGAAACUCCGUUAUAA